AGGUUGUUUUACAUGCUGUUUUUGUUUUUGGCAGCUGAGUGUGAAACCCUCUGUCUCACAUUUAACUUCUUGCCUUGGACAAAGUGAAAAUGAAGAAGGACAAGAAAAUGGUAAUUAAAAAAGAUCAUAGAUCACACUAUUUUAGUUUGUAGCUUUGGAUCACAGGGGAAGAUUAUAUGAAGUGGUAAAUGACCAACUAAGGCUUGCACUGUGAAAUAGAAUAUGCUGAACUGAAGUUCUAUCAUACAAUACAAAUAAUCUAUUUUCCCUUUGUCCAAGUCAAACAAUCUUCACCAAUUACAAAGCCUGAGAAACUGCCAAAUGUUUGGAUAUAGAACCAGAAAUGAUAAAGAAUUAAAUAUGUGGAACUAAUAACUGUGACCUGGUCAGAUCUAAAACUAAACCAGUUCAAAGAGCCACACACUUUGCACAUAUAAAAGCACAAACUAGCUAAGGCAAAAAACAUAGCAACCAAACUUCAGUUCCUUCUAACACUCACCCUUUAGCAUAAGCUUAACCAAAGUAUCAAACCAAGCAAGCAUAGUAGUUAUUGCUCUCAAAGAAUCACCCUUUAAGCCUAAUCAAUUCAGGAAACAGAAAAAGCUCAAAAGGGGUAGAUGGCAAGGAAGAGAAAAGUUGGUGAAGUUGUGGAAGAGAGAAACAUAUGUGAGGGAACCAUGGCUUGGGAUGAGAUGAUGAAACAAGCUGCAGCACUUGGAGGAGUUCAAAGAGCCAGAAAGAGGUUUGUUGGGGUGAGGCAAAGGCCAUCAGGUAGAUGGGUGGCUGAGAUCAAAGACACCAUUCAGAAGAUCAGAGUGUGGUUGGGGACUUUUGACACUGCUGAGGAAGCUGCAAGAGCCUAUGAUGAGGCUGCAUGCUUGCUUAGAGGUGCAAACACAAGGACAAACUUCUGGCCAUGUUCUCAAUCUUCCACAAGUCCAGCACUUUCCUCAAAAAUCACAAAUCUCCUCCUUCAAAGGCUUAAAGAAAGGAACAACAACACUUGCUCCUCUUCCUCAUCCUCCACCUCCACCUCACUUCUCAUCAACCACCAACAUAUGCAACAAGAGGUUGAUGCAUAUGGUGAUGGAUCAACACAAUUCUCAAUUGACCAAUUCACUGACUUUCUCAAUGACCCUGAAGAUUAUAGCACCAGCAGCAAUGACUUCAUCAACAACAGUGCACAGAUUGACUACAUUACUAGCAGUUUUGAAUCAUGUUUGACUGAAGAUACAAAAGUGGAUGUGCAAUACAAAACCAGCAUUGUGACACCACAGACUUCAAGUACUGAUGACAGCAACUCAGGAGUGGAGGACAGUGAAGAAGAAGGCACUGAUUUCAGGUUUCUAGACAACAUUGCUCCACCUGGUUACUAUUCUCCUUUUGAGAUGGCUGAAGAGAUGGAGGAGCCUGUGGAGGCAGAGAACUAUGGAGGUGAUGAGCCUUCAAUGCUCAGAGCUAUGAUGAAGAGAAUGACAUAUGAGAGGAAGUUCUCAGCUUCUCUCUAUGCCUUCAAUGGAAUACCUGAAUGCUUGAAGUUGAAACUUGAAUCAGCAAACAUGAAGGGAAGAGGAAUAAUAACUGAUCAAUUAACCAGCCUCCAAAUGGCCUGCAGCAAAAACAGGCUUGAGAAGAAUGAAGAGGAGAAAGAGUACAUGGCAACAAUGGAUGAGAAACAGGAAGAACAACACCAACAACAAACAACAACAACAACUGACAUGGAUUCUUCUAGUGUUGAUGGAGAACUUUUACUUUGGAAUUCACUAGAUCUUCCUCCAAUUUGCUUUGUUAAUUUGCUAGAAAACGGUUCAUUCAAUUAGCAAUAUCAUUCAUUUUGUGUAACAUUAUUUAUUCUGAGAACAAUUAUAUUGUAACAUUAGGCUUUGUAGUAAGCAUGAAGUAAUAUCUUCUGCUAAUUGAAAUGCUUUAUAUUUUCUUAUUUUAUUCAUAGUUCUUAGUAUGGAUGAGUAACAUUGAAUUUUAUUCUGUAACAGAAGCUAGUAUUGACAAUGAAUUUGAGACUAGUAUAACAUGACUAUGUGUUAUCUUUGCAAUGUAUUCCAAUUUAGUUGUAAAAGGGUUUUGGCUUAUGCCAUGCCUUAUUAUACAUUAUUCUUGAUAAAAAGAAUUAGAAAAAUGUAAAUUAAUAUCUUAUGUUUCUUUAUUUUUUUUGUCCA